AGCGAUGCUCUCGUACGCAAACCUCGCUACCGAACAUACCAUCACACAUCUUUUCAAGGCAUCUGAAGCACUCCUACUAAAAAAAAUCAAGAUCCUGAGUCUUGUAUAGAAAACGCACUACAUGGCAAGCCUAGCCUGUCUCGUUUUGGUACGCGACAAGCGACCUUGUCAUCUCCGCAACGCGACCCAAGAUCCCUCAUGCUAUCUCCCACAUGGCUUACAGAGACACAAGAGACCUAAUGUUCAAAUAGCUUGGAAGAAACUUCCGGACACACUCAAGCUCAAUGACAAAGAGGCUCCGUUACGGCCGCUUCCAGAUCCGCUUGUGCACCUACUCAACAAGAGUAUAAGCCAUAAGCAUCUUCACCUUCUAUUCGCCAAGAUACGCGCACAACUCCCUGCUGCCGCGUCAAUGGCAUGGAAGGAGUUGACGACUCCGGUUGGCUUUUACCAUAAUCGGAAAGCAGCGGCAUUCCUCGACAUCGAUUACGACCCUGCAGUGGAAAACAUGCCUGCAAAUGUUGUUACAGGAGUAAUUCAGGCCUACAACAUAGGGGCGGGCGAGCACGUCCUUCAAACUGUAAGAGAUUGCGAACGCCCGGGACCAAAGCGCAAGAUUCCAGUACCGCAGAGUCAAGCGCCUGCACGACAGCAACUACAGCAACCACAGCAGCGCCCGUCACCAUAAUAGGGUUUGGCACCGCAGCAAAUUCCCACACCACAGGCACCACAGACACCACAGGCACAAUUACAGCCACCGCGAACCGGGCUACUUCCCCCGCAGACUCAAGCAUUGGCACCACAAAUCGCACUUCAGGCCCGUGCUUAUGGACUGGAUUCCCAUAAUGCAAAUGCACAAUACCAGGCAGGGCCUGCAGCAUCACCGCCGGUCUCAUCGUUACUGCA